UAUGUGUAUCUAGUUCAAAGGUGAAAGGUUAUCAGAGGCAACGUUGGUAGUUUGUGAAUACGAUUUGGGAAAAAAACAGCAGCUUUAUCCACGUUUUACUGUCCAGUGGACUCACGUUCGACAGAAGUAUGACUGCGAACGUGAAAGUAGACGGCAUCAAGGACAGGGAGCAGCUCUACAAGCUAGUCAUCGGGCAGCUGUACUAUGAUGGUUAUGAAUCUGUGGCUGCCAGCCUGGCGAAGGUUGUACGACUCCAGGGUGCCUUGACUCCCUCUGACCGUCUGCUUAGGCUCACCAAACUAGCACUGGUCACUGAAGAAGGAACAAAGCAGAACUCAUUAACGAAGGAGAGGGUAGCACCAGGAGGUGGGAUUGACCUGGAGUUUGAGUCUGAUGUCGUGACCAUUUCUCCUGAGGCAGCUUUAUACGAAACCUGCUAUGUGACAUCUCACAAGGCUCAGUGUCGAGCCUCUGCCUUUACUUGUGAUGGCCAGCUGAUAGCUACAGGCUCUGUGGAUGCCUCCAUCAAGGUGCUGGAUGUGGACAGAAUGCUGGCAAAGAGUGCACAGGCCCCUGAACAGGCAGCUCAGGAAACCCCACAGCAGAACAUGGAGAACCAUCCUGUCAUACGAACCCUGUAUGAUCAUAUUGAGGAGGUGACGUGUCUGGACUACCAUCCACAGUACCCCAAUGUCCAGCUCCUGGCCUCGGGUAGUAAAGACUACACCGUCAAGUUCUUUGACUUCACCAAACCUUCAGUCAAAAGGGCCACCAAGAGUAUUCAGGAAGCAGAUGUUGUUCGAUGCCUGUCUUUCCAUCCGUCAGGUGACUUCAUCCUGGUUGGCACACAGCACCCCACAUUACGACUGUAUGACAGCAACACUCUGCAGUGUUUUGUGUCCUGUAACCCUGCAGACCAGCAUAAGGCAGCUAUUAGCGCUGUUAAAUACAGCCCCAAUGCCAACCUGUAUGUCAGCUGUAGCAAAGAUGGAGACAUCAAGGUGUGGGAUGGAGUCAGUAACCGCUGUAUUGCCACAUACACACGGGCUCAUGAUGGGGAGGAAGUGAGCUCUGUAGUUUUCUCCAGAAACUCCAAGUACAUCUUGUCGAGUGGUAAGGACUCUCUAGUGAAGCUGUGGGAGCUGUCAACAGGCCGUGCUUUAAUCACAUACACUGGAGCCGGUUCUUCUAAACAGGACCACCGAACACAGGCUGUUUUCAACCACACCGAGGACUUUGUGUUCUUCCCUGAUGAGAAGACCACCAGCCUGUGUUGUUGGGACUCCAGGAACGCUGAGCGACAGAGGCUCCUGUCACUGGGACAUAACAACGUGGUGCGGUCAAUUGUCCACUCACCAACAGGCCCUGCUUUUGUAACCUGCAGUGAUGAUUACAGAGCUCGCUUCUGGUACAGACGGGCAAACAUGGAGUAACAGCAGCACGGUUUCAAACCCACUGAAACUCUAGAUUCCUGAAAUGUGUUCCACAUGCAUUUCUACAGAUAGUAGAACAAUAACAAGUAGUUCCAACUCUUCAGAAGAGAAUUUAUUGCCUCCAUGUAAGUGAAGCUUUUUUCAUUACCUGAAUAUUUUCUUUGGACUGGACAGUAAUAAGAGUCAACAUUACUAACAUUAAUGAAGCUGCCUGUUACACCUAGUCUUCUAGUCAUUCACUAUUUGGACAGUAUUGAUAACGUUACAUGACUGUAUUUGCACAUGCAAAUGCAGACAUCUCAGUAUUGGUAAAGCAAUAACUAUGAAGUACCGCAGUCUGAUGAAUAUGUACAUUUUACAUAAUGAUAGCAGUAUAACACUAGCAUCUUGGCCAAAUGUGAAUAGAGCUGGUGAAACAAAAAUCCCUGUGUACCUGUUGACAUUCAUUACGUAAUGUCUGCAAAAGUUACUGUUACAGUUUCUGGCAUGUCUGUAUUAAUCACAUACAUGAAGUUGUACUGUUGUACAUUAUGUAUUCAGAAGCCAUGGUUGGGUAUAUGCUAGUGUAAGUUCUUAGUGGUUUGCAAUUUUUGCAAUGAACUCUGCACCACAAACCCAAAAUUUCUGUUGUACCACUUGCAAUUGUCUAAGCUAUAAGCUUGCAAUAAACACAUAACACAUAGACUGUACUGUACGUUUUACGGCGUUUUACACUGUCAUGUUCGAAGCAAUGGUCUGUAGCAUCCGUUGCUAUUACAUGUAGGCAGUUUACGACUGCCUGUCUGUUAAGGCACCAGUGUUUCCGCACAAAACCUCAAACUCAAAACCACCAUGAAUAAUAGUCCAUUUUCUCUGUACCAUUAAAUUACAUGUAUAACGGUAUCACUGCAAAUUUAAAUACAUUUCCAGGACAUUAAACUAAUACAGUAAUUUGUCAUGUAGUUCAGGAACAGAAGUGGCCAAGAAUGAAGUUACUGUAAAUACAGAAAUGUUCGCAGUGGAUAAUGUUCGCGGUUUUGGCGGUGACCACUUCAUCGUGAACUUAAAACCACCGCGAACAUUUUUCUAUUAGACUGCAGUGUAUGGUGUUAAUGCGAAAAUAAAACCACCGCGAAAAGUCCUUUCCAGUCGUACUUGUAGUACUGUAACUUGCAUCUAGUUUGGCAGGGGAAGAUAUCAUUUCUGAUACUGCGAUGUUGGAUUAUUGAUACAUACUGUAAAUGUAUUUAAGUUUGUGAGGAUUUAAGUUCUCAAGGAUUUAAUGCAUUUCGCGGUAGCGGGAAAAAGGACUUAUCGCGGUGGAUUUAAGUUCGCGGUAACACCAUAGACUGCAAUCUAAUAUCAUAAUAGACAAAUGUUUGUGGUGGUUUUGAAUUCGCUGUGAAUUGGUCACCGCGAAAACCGCGAACAUUAAUCCACCGCGAACAUUUCUGCAUUUACAGUAAUAUCACUACUGACAUACAAUGUAUUACUGCUUUGUAACACUCAUAGUUGUUCAUAUUCCACAUGACAGCCAAUCUCCCAUCCCGUCAGUGAUGUUACUCCACUGAUAUGUACAUGACAUUGUGUACCUGUGUUGCUCUUGGUCUUCUGUUACUAGUAAAAAUUGUCUACAUUCUAUAACCUAGCCUUCUGUAGCUGUCAUAGCCUCAUCAACAGACCAAACAUUAAGACUAUGACUAAGGCGGGAUAUGUUAUUACAUGUAACAUUAACAUAACAUGUAAGGUACUGACUGUGUUUAGCUAGAACAGCCAAUAGUGCAAAAUCUUGGAUUAUCACUUUUAUUUCUCACAGCUGCCAUACUUUCCUUUUUUCCAGGAGAAAAUAAAGAUUUUGUGAUCACAGAA